UCCAUCAGACUCUAAAACAUGUAAUCAAACCUGAACUCCUCCCACAAGAGACCAAAAUUAACUUCUAAUCAAUCAGAAAUCUGAUAUUUUCAUCAUUUAAUAAUCAUUGAGUCCAUUUUUAGGACACAUUUCAGACAUUCUUUGGCUUCAUGAUUCCUAAAUUGAUGCUUUAACGGUCAGAUUUGAUUGUAAAGAGUAUUUUUUAUAUCUGGAUGUUGAGUCAGAAUAAAGAGCCGUCUGAAUCCCUCUCAUUAGAUAUUUAAAGAGGUUUAUUCUAACAGUUUUUAAUUGAUUGAAGGAGAUCAAACAGCUGAUUCUUCAGAAAUCUGAUAUUUUAGUGAUUUAAUAAUCAUUGAGUCCAUUUAUAAGAUACAUUUCAGACAUUCUUUGACUUUGUGAUUCCUAAACUGAUGCUUUGACGGUCAGAUUUGAUUGUAAUUCAUAUUUUUUAUAUCUGGAUGUUGAGUCAGAAUAAAGAGCCGUCUGAAUCCCUCUCAUUAGAUAUUUAAAGAGGUUUAUUCUAACUGUUUUUAAUUGAUUGAAGGAGCUCAAACAGCUGAUUCUUCAGAGGACUGAUUAACACAGCUUUUGUGGAGGGGGACAAAGAGAAAAAGGCCCCUCCCUUGGUGCUGAGCCGGGGCUUUCAGCAUGGCCCCCUGCCAGGGGAGGCUUUAAAAGGGUGGGGGCGCGUGGCGCCUCUCACUCUCACGGCAGGACGACCGAAGGGCAUCAAAGCAAGACAAGAUGACUCACCAUUGCACCAAGUUCUCCGGCCACUGGAAGAUCAUUGUCUUCGACGAGGAGUGCUUCCAGGGCCGCCGCCAUGAGUUCACCUCCGAGUGCAACAAUGUGAUGGAGUUUGGCUUCGAGAGUGUGCGCUCCCUGAAGGUGGAGAGCGGAGCCUGGGUGGGUUACGAGCACGCCUCCUUCCUGGGGCAGCAGUUCGUCCUGGAGAGGGGAGAGUACCCCCAGAGUGAUGCUUUCGGUGGCAGCAACUCCUACCACAUCGAGAGACUGACCUCCUUCAGACCUAUCGCCUGUGCCAACCACAGAGAGUGUCGUAUGACUUUCUUUGAGCGUGAGAACUUCCUGGGCCGCAAGGGUGAGCUCAGCGACGAUUAUCCUUCCCUCCAGGCCAUGGGCUGGUGCAACAACGAAGUGGGCUCUCUGAAGAUCCAGUCUGGAGCAUUUGUGUGCUACCAGUUCCCUGGAUACCGUGGAUACCAGUAUAUCAUGGAGUGUGAUCGUCACUGUGGGGAGUUUAAACACUUCAAGGAGUUUGGAUCUCACUGCCAGACCCCUCAGAUCCAGUCCAUCCGCCGUAUUCAGCAGUAACAACUCCCCUCCUGAACCCCCCCCCCCCUUUAUCCCAUGUGACCCUUCACCUUUGACCCCUGAUGCUUCCCAGUGCUGAAUAAACUGUUGUUCUUUUAAACCUUACUGACUUCCACUAAUGUAUCUCAAUAAAAAGUUCUACUACAAAGGACACAUUGUA